UUGCUAGCUACUUCCAUCAUGAUUAAAUUGCUAUUCUUACAAACGUUUUUCCUUUCUUUUUUCCCAUUCAUCAUUUUGAUGAUUUUUAUUGGUUGUAGAUGGUUGUCCUUUCGUUCCAAGACCAAGAAAAGCUUACCACCGUCUCCAUGGAAGCUUCCGAUCAUCGGAAACUUCCAUCAGCUGGGCUCAAGCCCCCAUCGCUCUCUCCAUUCCUUGUCGCUGAAACAUGGCCCACUCAUGCUCAUUCACCUCGGCAACGUACCUGUUCUUGUAGCAUCGUCAGCUAAAGCAGCCAUGGAGAUUAUGAAAUUCCAUGAUUUAUCUAUCUCUGGUCGACCCCGACUAAUGAUGACUAAUAUUCUACUAUAUGGCUGUAAGGAUAUAGCCUUUUCUCCUUAUGGGGAAUACUGGCGUCAGUUGAAGAGCAUAGUCAUAUGCCAUCUUUUAAGUAAUAAGCAAGUCAAGUCUUUCAGAAGAAUGAGAGAAGAAGAGAUAGGUGUUACAAUUGGCAUGCUUGCAGAAAGCUGUGGUUCAACAGUUGAUUUGGGUGGAUUGAUAGUUUCACUUGCAAAUAAAAUAACUUGUAGGGUGGCUUUUGGAAGAACAUAUGAUCAUCAUGGGUCAAAGUUCACAAGUUUAUUGAUAAGGUUCAUGAAUAUGCUAGGUGUUUUUUGUGUUGGGGAUUACAUUCCAUGGUUGUCAUGGGUGGAUCGACUCAAAAAUUUAGAGGGCAAUGCAAAGAAAAUUGCUACAGAGUUUGAUGAUUUUCUUGACUGUGUUCUUAAAGAACAUAGAAGUAAGAAAAAAGGGGAAGACGCUAAGAGCGAUAAAGACCAAGAUUUAGUUGACAUCUUACUAGAUGUCCAAAAAAACGAAACAACUGGCUUUACCCUUGGCGACGAUACUCUUAAAGGGGUCAUAUUGGACAUGUUUUCUGCUGGAACGGAUACGACUUAUACAAGUUUAGAGUGGGCAGUUAGUGAGCUUAUAAAGCACCCAUCGGUAAUGAAAAAGUUACAGCAAGAAGCAACAAUAAUUGCACAAGGCAGAUCGACGAUUCUGGAGGAGGAUUUGGAAAAGAUGCAAUACCUAAAAGCUGUCAUAAAAGAGUCCUUGCGAUUGCAUGCUACAGUCCCAUUUCUUCCUCGAGAAACAACUGAAGACGUGAAACUAAUGGGGUACGAUAUUCCCGUAGGCACACAGUUGCUAGUCAAUGCUUGGGCCAUAGGAAGAGAUCCUACUGUGUGGGAAGAUUCAAACAAAUUUAUGCCAGAGAGGUUCUUGAAAGACAAUUCAACUUCAACCUACUAUCAAAGCACUCAUUAUGAUUGGCUUCCAUUUGGUGCUGGUCGAAGAGGGUGCCCGGGUAUUCAAUUUGCUACAACUAUCAUGGAGCUUGCUUUAGCAAAUAUGGUUCAUAAGUUCGAUUUUGCAUUGCCAAAUGGAGUAAAAAAUGAGGAUAUUGACAUGAGUGAGACAUAUGGCAUUACAGUCCACAAGAAGUCCUCUUUAAUGGUGGUUGCGAGUCAGCGAUUCUAGUUGUUGAGCAUAAACCAUAUAAACUUAAUAAGCUAUCCAACUUCAACUCGGUCCAUUUAGCUACAAUAAUAAAUCAACUAGUUUGAAUUGUUUUUGUUAUUUGGGAAUAUUGUUGUUGUGCGGAAGCGU